AUGAUGUCAGCUGUGAGCGGCGAGUCUAUACUGAGGCGGGUGAAGCAGGAGGUGGAGCCGCCGGCACAGUACUCGCCCACGGAGCACCACAGGCCGAUGCAGAUGUUGGAGACAUGCAAUCUGGAAUUGGAACCUAAAGAGGAAGCCAGGUUCUGCGUGUCGCCAGGCGAGGCUGGUGUGGUCGGGAACACGAGCCCUGAACAACAGCAUUGCUCCUCGACCACAGCCGCGGCCGCCAGCGGAGCCCGAGAUGACGACGCGCCCCGGAGACUCUGCCUCGUCUGUGGAGACAUCGCCUCGGGCUUCCAUUAUGGAGUCGCCAGCUGCGAGGCUUGCAAGGCAUUCUUCAAACGGACUAUACAGGGCAACAUAGAGUACACGUGCCCAGCGGCUAACGAGUGUGAGAUAAACAAGAGGAGACGGAAGGCGUGCCAGGCGUGCAGGUUCAGAAAGUGCCUGAGGACGGGCAUGUUGAGGGAGGGGGUGAGGCUGGACAGAGUGAGGGGCGGGAGGCAGAAGUACAGGAGGGGGGAGCACGCGGCCACCGGGCAGCACAGACCCGCGCUGGAUGAUAUAAAGGUCCUUGAAGCCCUAACGUCAUACGAGCCCGAGUUAUUAUCGUGCGGAUCAGUACCGGCGGGCGUGACGGAGCCCCAAGCUCGCACGCUGGCGCUGCUCGCGGACAUCUACGACAGAGAACUGGUGGGGGUGAUCGGCUGGGCCAAACAGAUACCGGGGUUCACUGACCUCGCGCUCAAUGAUCAGAUGCGUCUCCUCCAGAGCACGUGGGCGGAGAUGUUGAGUCUGAUGGUCGCCUACAGGUCCAUGUCCGCGGGCGGAGCGCUAAGGCUGAGGUUCGCGGCGGACCUGGCGCUCGACGAACAGCAGGCCAGGGACCUCGGCGCUCACGACCUAUACCUACAGGUGGCAGGCGUGACCCGUCGCCUGGAGCGUGCGUCCGCCCAGCGUGAAGAGUGCUACCUGCUGAAGGCGCUCGCGUUAGCUAACUCCGAGGCUCGUAUAGAUGAGCACGCGGCCCUCAAACGGUUUAGGGACGCUAUAUUAGCCGCACUCAACGACGCCGUGUCCGCCUUGAGGCCGUACAACGCCAACGCGUCCCUGCAGCAGCUGCUGCUGGUGCUGCCGGCGCUGCGUGUGGCGGACGUGGCCGUGCGUCGCUUCUGGGCGGGCGUGCACCGCGAGCGCCGCGCGCCCAUGAACAAGCUGUUCGUGGAGAUGCUGGAGGCCUGCCUGCGGUAA